AUGUCGAGUAAUCGCAACUAUGAUUUCCUGAUUAAGCUGCUCCUGAUAGGCGACUCCGGCGUCGGCAAGUCGUGCUGUCUGCUGCGAUUCAGCGAAGACUCCUUCACCCCUUCAUUCAUCACCACUAUCGGUAUCGACUUCAAGAUCAGGACUAUUGAGCUCGAUGGAAAGCGCGUCAAGCUGCAGAUCUGGGAUACCGCCGGCCAGGAGCGUUUCCGCACCAUCACCACCGCCUAUUAUCGUGGUGCCAUGGGAAUCCUCCUUGUCUACGACGUCACCGACGAGCGCUCAUUCAACAACAUCCGAACUUGGUUUCAAAACGUCGAGCAACAUGCUACAGAGGGUGUCAACAAGAUUCUAAUUGGCAACAAGUGCGACUGGGAGGAGAAGCGAGUUGUUUCCACCGAGCAAGGCCAGGCUCUCGCCGACGAGCUGGGCAUUCCCUUCCUCGAAGUCUCCGCCAAGAGCAACAUCAACAUCGACAAGGCUUUCUACAGCCUAGCCGCAGACAUCAAGAAGCGACUUAUCGAUAACUCCAAGAACGACCAACCCUCAGCGAGCGGUGUCAACGUCGGCGAUAAGAGCGAAGGCGGCGGCAGCAAGUGCUGCUAA